UCUGAAAAAGUGGGAAGAUGAAUGUGAAACGAGAGAAAGGAGACAAGUGUGCAAAAUGAUAACAUGUAUGAAAGUUGAUAAGAAAGACAAAGGAAGUGAUUUUGAACCUAAGAGUAAAAAGAAUUCUCUCUAUCCUAAACUGACAGGGUGCGGUCAGAGCUCUCUGGUUGAUGACGCUUCCUGGUCCCUCCCUCGAAGACGCCCCCCUCCAGAUGCAAUGGCUCCGCCUUCGGUUCCUCCUCCAUACAACGCCUCAUCUGCCACGUCAUCACCGAUGUCAUCCACAUCCUCUUUCAUGAACACUCCCUCACCAGGCUCCAGUGUCCUCACCUCCUCCUCCCUCUCCCCUCCAAUUGCAGCACGCCCCAGACAACAAUCAGAUUCAGCUCUUACGAUGCCAAUGGUGCAAGUUAUGGGUCCGGAUGGAAAUCCAGGUUUUGUCUACCGCCCAUGGACAACUCAGGACCUGAUUGAUGCAGCAUCACACCUCCCAAAGCCUGCACAAGGUGGCGCUGCCAUGGCACGAGCCUAUGUUCAGUUCAUCAAAGAUUUCACACCAACCUCAGGCGAAAUCCAGAGAGUCAUGAUGAAAUACAUGAAACCAUCUGAUUUCUCCAAGGUGAAAGACAUUUUCCCAAGAGAUGGUGACUUCAGACCACAAACGGUGAAUUGGGACACUAAUGACAAUGCUGAUCUAGCAGACCGACAGUAUCAGGACUUUGUCACACAAUUAGGACUGAAAUUGGUUGAGGUUUCCCCUGCUCACUGUGACCUUGUUAAAGUGAAUGCCUGCUGUCAGAAGGAAGAGGCAUGCAGAGGGGACGCAGGCCAUGGCAAGGAGAGAGAUCAGGUCCAAGAAUGGGACCACCACCAGGUUACGAUGUGUGAUUCCUGUGUGGCACUAAAGGACAUUGGGCAAAGGAUUGCACACAAUUCCGAGGCCGAGGCAGAGGAAGAGGUGCUCCACCUAGAGGCAGAAAUGACCGUUGGCAACAAUCAUCUGACUGAUCUGAGAGACGAGGGAGGGGAGGACCAGAUGCGUGCGUCACCCAGACAGCCUACCCUGAACCUUCAGAAAAGCUCUCUGAUGUAAAGAAACAGGUGAUCGCAGCCCUCCCUGUUCCAGCCAGUGGUCCCCUGCACCAGCUCGAACCAGGUGACUUUGUGGUCAUAAAAGACUUCAGGAGGAAGUCGUGGAGGAACAGGAGGUGGCAAGGUCCGUUCCAGAUCCUGCUGACAACCCACACUGCUGUGAAGGUCGCUGAGCGGGCUACCUGGAUCCACGCCAGCCACUGCAGAAAGGUUCCAGCACCCCCUGCUGGUUCUCCUGGAAAACUACAAACUCCAGAGGCUGCUAAGUAAGACUUUGCGUUUGCAACAGGCACGCAGGCGACCAAGGGUCUGAAGAAAGAAGACAACAAGUGGCGUGCAGACGUAGUUUCUGUGUCACCUUCGUGGGCGCAAGAAGACCUACACCACACCACACCCUACACGUGUAGACUGCUACAAACGCUAUGACACAUACACAAAAACUGAUCCUUACUCAGGAUGCUUUCAUCCACAAAAACAGCUUGCAACUUUUACCUUAAGGUUUUCCAUUGAAUUGUAUUCUGUGUGACGACUGAUCGUAAACCAGUUGGAAUGCUCAGUCUGAAGUUUUGAAUACUGUUCUUUUCUCAUAUUUGAUUGUCAUCUGGGAUUUGUUGUGUUAUAUUGUGUGUGCAUAUUUUGUUGCUUCUAUUGUUGAUUGUG